CAAAUAAAAAAGAUCUUUGAUUUGAAAACCGCGAAUUCAAUUAAAUGGAAUAAUUAAAAUUCAACCCUACCGAUUGAGAGAAACAAAUGAAAACGGAUUAAUAAAAAAUUGUUUUCAAAGGUGAUUUAAAUUUUGCUCAUUGCUGACUUGACCGUUACCCACACCAAUCAUCACCAAAGCUGUCGGUGAUCAGGCCAGUGAAAUUCCACACGAAGAAAAAAAUUCAAAACAUUCAAUUCAGCAAACCGUGCAAAAAAUUUAGAAAGAACCAGAGAUAGCAAUUUUUCAAGAAAUAUUCAAGAAACAAAAGUUUACAGGCCUUGGUGGGGUUAGCCAAGAAUAUAAAAAGCAAAUAUAUAUACACAAAUAUAUAUAUAGUAUAGCGUGAAAGUAACGGAACAUGGGCGUGACAUUGGAAGUGAAAAAUGGCAAAGGCGAAAACGAGAGUAGUGGUGCAGAUGUUGAGGUCGCUGGUGUAAAGAAAACCAUUCCCAUAAGUAAUUUGGAGGGAGCCACACAUCUCUUCAAAGGUAGCGUGGGCGCUGGUCUCUUUGCCAUGGGUGAUUGUUUCAAGAAUGGUGGUCUAAUCGGCGCUUCGUUGCUUUUGCCCGUUCUAGCGGUUAUUUGUGUGCAUUGUGAACGUCUGCUGAUCCAAGGUUCGAUUCUGGCGGUUGAAAGGACACCUGGCGUGGAAUUCUUCGACUAUCCGGAUACCGUGGAAAAAGUGUUCGAAUAUGGACCACCAUGCAUGCGGAAAUUUUCAAAAUUAAUGAGAACAAUCGUGGAGACAUUCUUGUGUGUGACGCAGUUUGGUUUCUGCGCGAUUUAUUUUGUCUUCAUUACGGAGAAUUUGCAUCAGGUUCUUCUACAGAAUGGCGUUGAAAUUAGCUCCGCAGCAACAAUGGCCAUCACCCUACUGCCCGCCAUGUUGCCUUCAUUACUCACCAAUCUGAAAUAUAUUUCACCCGUUUCGAUGUUGGCCAAUGUGUCGCUGCUCUUCGGUAUUUUCGCUACUCUAACGAUCGCACUGCAAGGUCCCUUACCCUCACCCAGCGAACGUCAUUUCUUCACCAAUGGCUCCCAAUUGGCACUCUUCUUCGGCACAGCGCUAUUCUCUUACGAAGGUAUCGCACUCAUUUUACCUUUGCGCAACAAAAUGCGCAAUCCUGAAAGUUUCACAACUCCGUUUGGUGUGUUGAAUGUGACUACAGGGAUAAUAACGCUGCUCUUUAUUUUCACUGGCUUCAUUGGAUAUCUGCGCUGGGGUGAGAAUGUCGAGGGCAGCAUUACAUUGAACUUAGAUUCCAAUGAUGUUUUGUCGCAGGUAGUUAAAAUCGUAGCUGCAACGGGUGUAUUUAUGGGCUAUCCCAUACAGUUCUUCAUUCUGAUCAAGAUCAUUUGGGUGCCAUUGAAGCAGUCGUCUAGAGCAGCACAACAGUAUCCCAUUACCUUACAAGUCAUCCUGCGUUUCUUCUUAGUUUUGGGUACAUUUGGCGUUGCUGUGCUUGUGCCAAAGCUGAGCCUUUUCAUUUCCCUUAUCGGCGCAUUCUGCUCCACGUCAUUGGCCUUUCUAAUUCCGGUGAUUCUCGAUUUUUUGAUGCGCGCUGGCGUGCCUAAAGCCCUGACCGCUUGGGUUUUUCUGAAGAAUAUGGCAAUAAUAGUGAUAGCCUUGCUCGGGAUUGCCAUUGGCACUUAUCAGAGUAUUUUGGAGAUAGUAAAAGAAUUUUAUGGCUAAAAAAUAUGUGUUGUACGAACAAGGCAGUCUAGAAAAAAAAAACAAAAACAAUUAAGUAUAU